ACAGAAAAACAUGUGUCUUGUGAAAACAUUGUGAUCUUUAAGUUAAUAUAGUUAAACAUUGUUCAGCUCUAAUUUUUGAAUACAUCUUUUAACAUCUUUAAUUUCUCCUGCUCUUAACCGAGCAUUGAUAUUUCAUGAUAGUGGUGCACUUUUCUAGAAGUUUCUAGAGAUCUCUUUUUAUUAUUAUCAUAGUUUCUCUGUACAUCGUUUUACAAGUUGACUGACCAAUUUUCAUUUCUUUAUUUAGCCGAUCAUAAUGGGAAAACAAGUAGAUGAUGGUAUGUCUCUAACAACUGCUGUUGAGGAUAAUGAGAGUACCUGGGAAUCAUUAGGUGUGGAUGAAAAUAUAAUUCAAGCGCUCAAAGAACAUGGUCUCGAUGAACCGACAGAUAUUCAAAAAGGGAUCCUCAAGUCAGCUUUAACAGGUACUUUUGAUGUGCUUGGCGCUGCUCCUACUGGUAGUGGAAAAACUCUUGCCUUUGGUAUUCCUUUAAUACAAAAGAUUCAAGAAAGAAAAGAGCGUUUUGGUAAUAGCAAAUUAAGAGGUCUGGUUAUUACACCAACUAGAGAGCUGGCUCAACAGAUCAAAACUCAUCUUGAUAGAGCUGCUAAAUAUACCACAGUGAAGAUUGCUGUUGUAUUUGGUGGUUUAUCGACGCAAAGACAGGAAAGAAUUCUUUCUAAAGGCCAGCCUGAUAUACUUGUUGCAACACCUGGAAGACUUUGGGAGAUAAUUGAUGAAAUGGACAUUCCUCAUGUUUCUCAUAAAUCGAUUGCUCAUAUUCGUUUUUUAGUUAUUGAUGAAGCUGAUCGUAUGACUGAAAAAGGAUACUUUUCAGAGUUGACCAACGUUCUUAACCUGAUCAAGGAACGAGGAGCUAAAAUCAGUCGACAGGUGUUUCUUCUCUCUGCCACAUUAACAUUUAUUCAUAAAGGACCUAAACUGAUCAAAAAUAUGAAACAACCUAACCUUCGUCAAAAGUUACGGCAUCUUAAUCGAAUAAUAGGAAUGAAGAAUGAGAAGAUCAUCGUCGAUUUAACUGCAGGUGGUGUGGGAACUCCUAGUCGUGAGCAAUUGUCAAUUUUCAAAAUCGAAUGUUUAAAAGAUGAAAAAGAUCUUUAUUUAUAUUACUUUCUAUUGGCGAAUCCUGGUAGAUCGAUUAUUUUUUGUAAUAGUAAAGAUUGUUUACGUCGACUUCAGAACCUAUUAACUCUCCUUCAGAUUAAACCCAUUCCUUUGCAUGCAGCUAUGGAGCAAAAACGACGACUUUCUAAUUUAGAAAGAUUCAGUACUAAUCCACAAAGUGUUUUACUCGCUAGUGAUGUUGCUGCUCGUGGAUUAGAUAUAUCAUACGUUGACCAUGUUAUCCAUUAUCAAGUACCGAGAACUGCAGAAUUGUAUAUUCAUCGUAGUGGUCGUACUGCCCGAAUGUCCAAUAAAGGAAUAUCUCUUCUUCUUUGUGAACCCAAAGAAAGUUAUAUGUAUAACAAAUUAUGUGUCGCCAUCAAUGACUCUAAGGAUUUGGAUACUUUUCCUGUGGACGAAGUAAAGCUAAACAAAUUACGAGAACGUGUAGGAGUUGCCAAACAAUUAGAUGUUCUGACUCAUAGGCAAAAGAAAACAAAAUCAAGUGAUGAUUUUUUCCGUGAAAUGGCAAAAAAAUGUGAAAUUGAUCUUGAAGAUCGUGAUGAUCUAUUUUUGAAGGACGAAAAUGCACCAAAAGAGGGAAAAAAGAUAAAAAAUUUGCAGAACCAAUUGAAACAUUUACUGAAAAGGCAAAUUUUUUAGUCGGGAUUUUUAAAGCCAAAUAGAUUGCGCUCAAUUGUAUUUUGAAGCUAUUUAAGACCUUAUGGAAAUGACUUUGUGAAUCUAUUUAAACGGACUACUGUUUUGGAAAUUUGUAAAUAAAAACGUUUUUUGUAAAA